AUGUUCAGUCCCCAGCGCGAUGCGAAGCGCCACUCACACGGCCACCAUCUUACGCCUCAGGACGCCAAUGCAGAGCGAACCCGCAGAAGGCGACACAAGGUCUAUCCAGGUGAUAAUGAGCAAACAUAUGGUUCUUCGAGUCGAGGGUAUCGUUCCGAUGAUGAACCAAGGCGCCGGCAUAGGCAUAACGGAGACAAAGAUCGAUAUCGCGCCAGCUCUUCGCAUCACCCAAAAGAUUACAACCGCCGCAAACAAGACUCCUCUAGUGAUACUGAAGAUGAUUUGCUAACCAAACCACACUCUGCGAAGUUGGCCUAUGGCGAUCAUCGUGAGCAUAACCGUGUGCAAAUCGAUGGGGCCGAACGAUCCAUGGGGCGAGAGUACGGCGAGCAUCGCUUUGAUGAUGCGCAAUUAAACAACGCAUCAUCAAUAAAACUCCCCGUUGGAGACCCUCGGCAUAUGAGGAACUUUCCUUCGCUACCACCAUCGCUACCCAAUGAAGCAUCAUUUGCACCGAGAUCAAAACACGAUGCCAAUCGUGUGGAUAUUCGAGAUGGGGUUACUGAUGAUAUUUCUUGGUCGCCAACGGACAUGCCACGCAGCAAUCGCGUAUCACUACCUGCGAGAGUACAAGACUUGGCGUCUACUUCGGAUGAGCGCAUUCGGCAAGAUGAACUUGACAGUCGGCCGUCUACAGCGGGUCAUAACGGGGCCUUCAGUGCAAAUACAAAACUCCCACGACUUUCUAUCUCUCAGUAUCCUGCUGCAUACUCACAGUUCCCAUCCAAUGUUGAAACCCCGGGCGACUCAACUUCAGGAGUUGGUGAAGAUGGGCAAAGACCUCGAUCGGCUGGAGCAGCUUCGAAUGCCUCCUCAAGAAUCAUGUCGUGGCCUCCAUCGUCACCUAGCUCGGGAGUACUGGGCCCAAAAACAUACCAGUAUCAGCCAUUACAACCCUCUGAAAUUCGACUAGUCAAGAUUCUGCCGGAGAGGAUGUGGAAGCUAAAAUGCGAAAUUGUCCAUGUAUCGCUUCAAAGCCAGCCGGAAUAUACCGCCAUCUCGUAUGCCUGGGGCGACGGGGUUGACACGAGACCACUCAUUCUAGAAGGAACUACAAUCCCUGUUGCAGUCAGUCUUCACGAUGCACUGAGGGCAGUACGUCGCAAGAAAGAAGACAUCUUCGUAUGGGUGGACGCGCUCUGCAUCGACCAGCAGAACAAAGACGAGAGAGCCACACAAGUUCGAUUGAUGGGUCAGAUCUACAUCGGCGCAGUAUCAGUGGCCAUCUGGAUAGGGCCGGAGUAUGAAGAGAGUGCACUAGCACUACAACUACUCCAGAGAGUGGCCGAAAACUCGAUCGAUUAUCAGUACAUAAAGUCUACUCGCAACCCAGACUCUAUGGCGCUUCUCAAUUUAUUCAAGAGAGACUAUUGGAAGCGACUUUGGGUCGUACAAGAGGUCCUUCUCGCAAACAACAAGAGGGUAUACUGUGGUUCCUCUGCGUUCGAUUGGGAAGUAUACCAAAAGGCAGCCGAAGUCUUUUGGGGCAGAGACAGCGAUCCACACAUCCGCCAAGGACCAUCAAGUUUUCCGGACCGCGACGCUCUGAAACAGCUUGGAGAUGAGUCACUAUUAGAGGUAAUGCGGGCAUGCAGGAAGAAGUUAAGCGAGGAUCCACGGGACAAAGUUUUCGGCAUUCUGGGUUUGCUUUCGGACGCUACACAACGCGAUUUCCCUGUCGACUAUAGCCAGUCCGUCAAGACGGUCUACACAGACGUUGUCGACCACCUCAUCUCGACUACUGAGAGGAUUGAUGUGAUUCGCGAAGCGAUACACUUCCCUCUGCACGUCAAUUCUACGGGCCUUCCAAGCUGGUGUCCUGAUUGGUCGCACAUUCCAGAGGUAUCUGGCCUGGGGCGCACUCUCAAUUUUGCAGCUUCGAGUAACGCAAAUGGCCCAACUAAGGCUCAGUAUUGGUUCCACGAUGAACGACGAAAACUCGAGAUCUCCGCGAUCAAGAUCGAUACAGUUACGGCAACAGGUGUCGCCGUAGGCACAUUCUGCGCUGCUCAAGACUAUCUAACAGCCUUUCUGCAAUGGCGCGCAAUGUUGCUGCAUGAACACAAUGUAGAAGAAGGCAAUGAGACCCACGCAAUGCACACCUCCUUCUGUAGGACGCUGAGCCUUGGACAGAUGCCGCCAGAAUGGAGCCAGUCAGGCAUGUGGCACAACCUCUGUUACCACGUCUUCGCCGCUCUAAUACGCGAAAGAAUGCCUCGCUUGCCGAUGGAUGAAGAUCUCAAGCGCCAUGUGGGUACGACAGGGCUCAUCGAGCCCAAGGCACGGCGCACUUUCCUGCAAGACCAUUUCGGCAACCGUAUGAUGGGACGUAGCCUGUGUAUCACAGCAGGUGGAUUGAUCGGUAUGGGAUCGGGCUACAUGACAGCGAAGGAUAUCGUCGUUGUGCCGUUCGGCUGCUCUACGCCUAUCUUACUUCGUCCGGAGGGCCGUCGCAACGAGUAUAGGUACGUGGGUGACGUCUAUAUCGACGGAUACAUGCACGGCGAAGCCCUGGCACAAAUCGAAGCAAGGGACCCGAGAAGAGUGGUUUCUAAGUACAUGCUCUGUUGA